AUGAGCAACAAGAUUGAAUACUUGGUGAAGUAUUCAGUUGCACCUCCUCCUAGCAGAGACUAUUACGGUUUAAAAAUUCUUCAAGACGAAGUGAUUCUGUAUUUGUGGAAAAUCUCUCACGGACCUCACAAAGCACCGAUCGUACGUCGUGCUAAGUUUAUCGAAUUCAAUCAAGAGAAAUCCUUGCAGGACGAAAUACGUUACGGAUUUGGUAAAUACUUAUUAAAACACGUGAAAAAUAUUGCCGAAGGAAAUAGAAAUACUCUUUUAACUUUACCCAAAAAUUUAAUCGGAAGAAUUUCAAGAUAUUUAAAAUUCACAGAUAUUAUCAAAUUAUCCUCGUUAUCACACGUCGCCUGCGAGGUAUUCAACACCGAUUCAAUCUGGCAGAUACUUUAUAAAAGAGACAAAAAAGCCAGAGUUAGCCUGGAGGAAAGGGAGAGGGCUAGGAUCUACGGUUGGAAGCAGUUGUACAAAGAUAAACAAAUGCAGAUGUCAAUGAAAGAUCAAAAAAAUCUUCGAAUUCCGAUCAAAUUUACAAAUGAUGUAGUAAAAACAAAUAAAUUAUCACAACUCACACAUAUACAUACAAACACCAACGAUGCAUCUAAAUCUAUCUCGAAAACAACUUCAAUCACAAAUAUCAUACCGCAGAAACGCACAGAGUCUUCCAGUUUAAAUCUUGCAACAAUUCCACUUCCCAAAACAAUAUCUGAUACUCGAUUUCGGACGAAUGUAAAGAACGAAAAAUUAAUUCCACAAAAAAAGAAUGUAGGAAAUAUUAGUUCUACAUUUAACGUAAAUGAGAAACAUAUUAAAAAGGAAAAUUUUAUCGCAUUGAAAACAACUACAAAACCAGAAGCUAAAAAUCUUCCCAUGUGUGACAAAUUAUCUAAUAAACAACAAAAUAAAUCGGAAAAGUAUUUUAAUAAAAUCGAUAAUACAAGUAAUAGAAAAUCAAUAUCAUUAUCACAAGAAAGCAAAUUAAAAUCCACUACUUCUAAAAUGUCUUUUUCUAAGAACACUGUGGCAAAUGCCAAAUCUUCAGAUUUAAUGCAAAAUCCUCAUAACAAAACUCGAUCAAAGACAAAGACCAAGUCUAAGAAGAAGAUAACCGCGACUAAAUCUGAAAUAUUUAACACCAAUGAAGCAUUGCCGGACAAUCCUUUUAUAGUCGAAGAUAACAAUUUCGAUUUGGCUGAGCUAAUCGAAGCAAGUUUGAAAAACAUACGAAGUCCACGGAGUAUAUUUGAUUAUGAUUUUAGUUGCAUAGAGCAAUCGGAUGCAACAAAAAAGGAUGCUUUGAAAAUUAGAAACGAAAUUCAGAAUAUCGAUAAAUUGAAACAACUAAAACCUUUCCGAAACAGCGUCACAAAUAACUUUUCUAACAAAAUAAUACGAGGUGGUGAAAUUCUCGAGAAGCUUUCGGAACGAUCUGAAUCCUUUAAUGAAACAUCCAACGAGUCUCUUGUAAAUGAUAAAAAAUCGAUACCAGAUAAAGACAAUAAACCCUUAUUAUCCGAAAAGUAUCUGAAAGCUCGCGCAGACCUCCAACAGUCCUUAGAUUGGAGACGAAAUAUUUCAGUAUCUCCUGAAGAUCGAUGGAAGUCAUGUUCAGCCGUAAACUUUCUAAAUAAAUCUCUUAAUUCCAAAAAUAUCGACAAUAGUGAUGAGAAGUUUUCUAUUUCUCGAGAACCAUCAAGAGCUUCAUCUCUUUUAAAAAUUUCUAACGGCUUGGAAAGUAGAAAGAAUAUUUUGGCGCGUAGUUCUAAAAUUAUCAAAGAAAAUCCAUGA